GGGGUCCUGCUAUGCGAAGGGCGCACGUAACGCAUGAUUGCUUGCAAGAUGGCAGCCUCCGGGAAAGUUCAGGUGCUGUCACUGUACCGAAUGCUUCUACGAGAGAGCGAGAAAUUUUCUGCUUAUAACUACAGAACAUAUGCACUGCGUAGGGUGAAGGAUGCCUUUAAGGAGAACAAGAAUGUUGAAGACCCCCAGAACCUUCAGAGGUUACUAAGCCAGGCCUGGGACAGCUUGGCCCUCAUCCAGAGGCAGGUGACCAUAGGGAAGAUGUACGAGACCCAAAAGACUGUAGUGGAAACUGGAUUCAAGAAGACCCUCUGAUGCAUAUGCCACAUGAGUUCAUGUCAAACACAACAAGACGACCUUUUCUUGUGUGUCCCAAAGACUCAUCCCACGCUUGCAUACGUCCCUGAUGCUGGGUUAGGGCUGCGCUGGAGUUGAUGGGAAGGGAGAGAUGGCCUUUUGUCAAGUUAUUUGAGUUGCAUUUAUCAUUCUAGGACAUGUUUUCUUUGUCUGUGUUCAUUAAAUUCAGUUGAUUUUCUUAA